CUAGAGCAGAGCACAGAGAGAGUACUUUUUUUAUGAUGUGAGCGUCUGAUCAAUUUUAUAGACAUAAUUUCGAUAUUCUCUUCCACUUGUUUGUGUUAAGUCAGCCUGAUACUUACAACUUCGUAUUACUUAGUGUAGUGAUAUAAAAUAUUCCAUGUGGAAUUAAAGGUAUUAUAUAUUCUACAUGUCUAGAAAUGCAAUGACAGUGGACCUAUGUAUAAAAGUUUUUCGGUGUUUGUGCAAAAGGUUAUAUUAAAUAUAUUAAAAUGCAGUGCGCCGUUAUAGGAUGCUCAAACCCACAUAAUGGAUGUAGUGAAAUUAGUUUUCACGCAGUUCCCAGCAAUGUGCACGAGAGAGAAAAAUGGCAAAAUGUUAUUGACACUAGUAAAAUUGACAGUAUUACGUAUGUCUGUUCUUUACACUUCAAUUACGACGAUGUUCUUGCGUCUGGACAACUGAGGGCAGGCGCCGUUCCUAAAUUGUUAUUGUUCUGUCGUAUAUGCUUAGCUGUUGGGAGAAAGCUGUAUGACAUGAAAACCAACGCUUUGGGCAAAGCUUAUGAAGAACUCACAGGCCUUACGCUGUCUCGGUCGUCCAGCAUCCCACACUUGUUGUGCUGGGAGUGUGCCCAGCGCGCUGUCAGCGGUCGCCGGCUGCGGCAGACCGCACGCCAAGCGCAGCAGCUGCUGUUAGCCGCACAGCGACGACGCGGUGAUAUUCUCACAACAGACAGUAUAUUAAGCAUAGACCGUUUACAAAACAAUCUAACAAGUACACUAACACAUAAAGGUACAACCCACGAUGAAUUCGAUUUAAUAAUACAAGAAGACGACGAGAACACAGAUAUAAAACUAGACGCUUACGUAGUUUUAAAAGACAAUGUGGUUGCUGACGAUAUCAAAGAGGAAAUAAACUUUUCCGACAAUUCCAUAGACGAGAGGAGCGUUUCGCCAGAAUUAUUCACCGCAGUAAACAAUAUAGUAGUUGAACCGGCCGAAAUCAAAACUGAAGUAACGCCAAAGACAAAAGCUAAAAGUGACAGGCAGCUUGGAAUGAAACAGAAAAGGAAAAUAAAUAAAGAUCCGAUAAAAGUCGACAAACUCAAAUUGAGAGGGAGUAGAUUGGACGAAACGAUAUUUGAAAUUACGAAUUUGAAUGUGGAAGAGCAGCGCAAGGAAAUUGAUAAAAGGAAGCUGUCUUUGAAUUUCAAGAAUUCUCAGUACAAAUGCUUGAUAUGUUACAAGGGAUUUGGCGAAGAAGGAUCUUAUACUUUGCAUAUGUAUAAACAUUCUGAUAAAGCUGGCUUAAACGAAUGCGAUAUAUGCAAGAUAAGGUUCGUGUUGGCGCGUCACCUGAAGAAGCACAUUAUGGACUGUCACGCGCAGAAAUAUGUCUGUAGGUCUUGUCCGUACACGACCACCAGAAUAAACUCUGCGAAAAGUCACGAGAAUUUCCAUAAAGGCACCGUAUAUUGUUGCCCGCACUGCUCCGAGCUGUUUCAGAAAAUAUCGACGUAUAUGUCCCAUGUGCGAAUCAAACACCCGUCUGAGUUCGUGUGCGCUCUGUGCGGGUACUCCUUCGUGAGCCAGAAGGGAGUGCAGAUGCACACGAAGCUCAAACACCGCCUGCACGACCGAACGAUACCCGAAGACGGGCCGAUGUGUGAGCCGUGUGGCAUCCGCUUCCAGAAUGAGACAGCGCUAGAGAAACAUCGGCUGUUGUCGCCCAAACACACGUUAAAAGCCCCAUUGAUAAGGCGCCGAGGUCAGUACAGAACGCGCAAAGUGGACGAACAAAAUGGCGCAAUUUCUGAGGGACCCAUAUGCUGCGAACAGUGCGACGAAAAGCUGCCGAACGCAGUGCUCUACUUCCAGCACUUCCGCCGCGCGCACCCCGACAAGAACCGAACCAACUUCCCGAGCCGCGUGCGAGUGAGACCGCAGUCCAUGUGCGAGGUGUGCGGCAAGAUGUUUCAGAGCCUGGCUCUGCUAGUGGACCACAGUCACACGCACACUAACGAGAAACAGUUCUCGUGCGCACAAUGCAACAAGAGGUUCCAGCGGAAGUACCGUCUCGUGCAACACCUGAAGUUGCAUCAGAACACGAAGAAGACAUACGUGUGCCCGGAUUGCGGGAAGCGGCUCAGCUCCAAGUCCAACUUGAACAGACAUUCGUAUACUCACACGAAUCUGAGGCCAUUCCAGUGCGAGAUGUGCGGGAAAAGCUUCAAACACGCGAGUCAGCGGCGGGAACACAUCCAGUACGUGCACAUGAAGAAGCCCUGGCCGAAGAGGAAUCGAGGAGAGAGGCAGACGGUGCCACAGCAAGAAGCGAGCGACGAAGAAAGAUACCAGAUUUUCGGGGGUUUAGAAUAAAAUAACUUUAAAUUGUAAUAUACAAUGUGUAAAUAUAUGAAUAGUUACAAGUAA